UGUAAUAUCGCGCUUGGUGAAAAAAAAAGUACUGCGGAGUUGGUGUAACACAUUUGUCUCUUUGCCUCACUAUGAAGGCUCCUAAGAUCCGCUCCCGGGCCAAGAGGGACCAAUAUCGACAAGCCGGUAUUGGUCCAAAGCAGUUCAGAGCCAUGCCUCGAGAAGAGGCAGUAGAGGCUCACCGCCAGCGUAUGGAGGGUAUUGAUGACCCACAAGUACGCAGAGAGGUUGAAGCAGCGGAAGAGCUGGUGGACUCCACCAUCUUUAAAGCGCUGAAAAACACUGUGCAGUUGGAUAUCGAUUACGCAACUGUAGCCAUGCACAACGACGAGGCUACUCCGCCCUCGAAAAGCCAAGCCAGACCCAUCGAGCUGGCGCUCCCCACUAUGACACCGGAACAAAUGGCCGUUCUUCGUCAUCCCGAUGGUGCGGCGAUCGAGGACCGGUCAGGGGUCCUUCUUGCGAUCCGUCUCCCAAACGUCCUUAUGGGUAUUCAUGAAAACAUGGUUAAUGCUGGCCACAAGUUGAGCCACACGUACAAGUUCACCCGCGACCAGUAUCGCGCUACUUUCAACACCGCUUCAUCCGAUCUCUUCAAGAACGGCCAAAUCCAGUACGGCUAUCGGUAUCAGAUUGGGCGAACAGUUAACAAAUUUGCAGGAUAUUCCCCCGGCAUCACCAAGGAUGCGCGGCAAUGCGUGGAGCAAAGCCACGCUUUCCACAAGCAGAGCGAGGCCUUUCAUCACAUCCUCAAUCAAUAUUUGGAGAGGCUUGCCCCAAACCUGUCACGACAAAGUCGCCGCAUGUGGGAUUCUAUCCGCCGCGAUCGAGACCCGGAAGGUUACUUGGCACACAUCAAGUGCCAUUUCUUCAGCCAAUUUGUCCGAUUCAACGCCGGCACCAAAUUCCAUGCGGAUAAGCGAUCUUGUUGGUCCGGCUUCGAUGCUAUUGCCGUUUUUGGAGAGUACGAUGGGGGAGAACUCCAGUUUGAGGAUCUCAAAUGUGGCUUCCCGUCUCGCCCUUCGGAUCUAUUCUUCAUCCGUGGUGCAGGCCUCCGCCACGAUGCUGCGUCUUGGUCAGGAAGUGGGCGAAUGGUGAUUGCCCUUUUUUCAGAUCGGCGCGUCUUUUUCCACGAGUCUGUUGAGAGGCCCAGGGAUCUUUACCCAGUUUAUGGGAAGACCCACAAGGCUUUUCGUCGGCAGCACCCGUGUACGAUGGCUACAUGA